AUGAAAGUCGAGAUAAAAGAGUGGCACGGCGUGGCCACGUGGCACUGGGCCGCUUCUCUAUCAUCGGGCGACGAGCUUUGUGGAAUCUGCCGUGUUCCCUUCGAAGGUACUUGUCCCAACUGCAAAUACCCAGGCGACGGAUGUCCUUUGGUGUUGGGCGAAACUUGUACUCACAACUUCCAUCUCCAUUGCAUUCUCAAGUGGCUCGAGCAGGAAUCGUCCAAGGGCCUUUGUCCGAUGUGCCGACAGCGGUUCACGGCGAAGGUGAUCGAGGGUGUGGGAUCAAGAGAGGAAUUGGCUGAGCUAGAGAGGAUUGUGGCCCAGCGGCGAGCUGAGAGCGAACAGGCGGUGGUGGACGAGUUUGAGCCGUUCGAGGAGUGA